AUGAAACUCCUCCUCGCCACCCUCGCCCUCUGGGCAUGCUCAGCCCUCACCCAAACACCACCCCCCAACCCCCCCAUCCGCAACAUCUACACCUUCCCCCCCAACCACUUUAUCGAAAACAUCGCCGUCCGCUCCAACUCCCGCCUGCUCCUCACCUCCAUGAGCGUGCCCCAUUUAUACUCCAUCAACCCCCUCAUCCCCAACCCCGCAGCCGACAUCAUCCACAGCUUCGCCAACCCCAACAACGCAACCGGCAUCUCGGGGAUAGCCGAGAUCGCCCCGGACGUCUUUGCUGUCAUCGUCGCAGAUUGGGACCUCUUCGCUACCCGUGCCAUCCCUGGAACGCUGGCAGUCUGGACAGUCAACUUCAACAAAGCCCCCAGUCAACGCGUCAAGUUCAUCACUCAAGUCGCCAACACAACUAUCUUUAAUGGAAUUGCUCGUCACCCUACCAAUCCCACCUUGUUGCUCGCUGCGGACUCUGCCUUGGGAGCAGUGUGGAAAGUUAACCUUUUGACAGGUGCCCACAGCGUGGCGUUUUCGUCACCUCUUCUCACACCUACUGCCACUGCUCAUUUGGGAAUUAACGGUCUUAAAGCCCAGGGGCAAUACCUCUACUUUACCAACUCCGCUCAGGGGUAUUUGGGCAGGGUCAAGAUCGGCUGGAACGGCGAGCAAGUUGGGGCCAUUGAGGUUCUGUCUAGUGCUUCUGAUGCGGGGGCUGAUGUGGUGUAUGAUGAUAUCGCGCUUGAUUUGGGACAUGGUGGUAGUGGGAAGGUUUGGAUUGCUUCUCAUCCCGACUAUGCUGUUGGUGUUACGCUCCCAGAGGGGUCGCAGUGGGUUGUGAAGAAUGCGACGAAACUGUUGAACCCGACCGCGUGUGCUUUUGGGAGGGGGAGUGCAAAGGAGAGGACGACGCUUUAUGUGACGAAUGGGGGGGAGUUUUUGCCUGACUUUACGCUGGUGAAUGAGGGGGUUGUUGCGCUGGAUUUGUGA